AUGCCUUGGCAUCACUUGUGCAACAAGGCUAAGGUAGUAUUUGAGGACAGCAGUCCAGACUGGGUGAACCCAGGGAAGCCGGUCACACUUGAGCACAUGGUCCAUACCUCACUUGCUCAACAACUAAGAAGGCCACAUAUAGGAAGGCACAGAGCCCAGCAAGAAGUUCAUCAAGAGGAGUAUCAUCAGGGAGAUUACCAACAAGAAGAGCAACACAACCCGGCCAACCUCAAUAUGAGUCAUAUCUUACAUGCCAUUGAGGAUUUGGAGAUGAAACAUAUGGAGGGACAAGAGCAAAUACUUGCCAUGCAGUCCAAAUGGAUUAAGCAACAAGAAGAGUGGCAGAAACAACACAUGGAGCAGCAACAGAGCAAUAUUCACACCUCACUCAAGCCAUACACCAACGUGCUGAAUGAAGGAAGGCAGUUGCAUAGAGAGGAAUUCAGUGUAAACACUCAAGCCAGAUUGAGUUACAUGUCAGAUAAUAUGCACCACCUACAUUAUGCCAUUCCCACCUAUGAGGAGGUCCAAAAAGGGUUUGUUGAACGAGAAGAAGGGAAGGUAAAACAGCAGAAGGAAACUCUGAAGAAAAAGAUGGAAGAUGCUGCGUUCUGGAAGAAACUACUUGGAAAAGGCAAAGGGAGUGGGAGCACAAGCACUCAAGAAAAGCACCAAGAGGACAAGCAUGGAGGGGAGCAUGAGCAACCACAUGAGUAA